CUGCCUGCCUGCCUGCCUUCUGUUCUGGUUCUUCGCUAUUGGCUGCCGCUGUGAGUUUAGACGGGGAAGCUCUGUAAUUAGGAUCGUGGCGGACACAGAUCUCGUUUCCUGGGCAAGCAGAUAAGAGGGGAGGGGAGCCUGACAACCAUAUCCACCACCACCACCAUUUCCAACACGCAAGCCCAGCCUCGUCGUUUUGUUUCGCUUCGCAGCCCAAAGUUUCCCCUGAGUGUGGAGCCGGGGCUCCUGUCGUCAAGGCAGGUGGAGGGAGUGAGGUGGGGGAAGGAAAGCCUGCUGCUGGCUGCCAGAGAGCCGGGACAAGACGGCUUUGAGGGGACCAGGGAGGGGCUCGCUGCCGCUUCGUGUCCAGCCGAGCAGAUCUGGGCCAGAGUUCGCGAGCGUCGCGUCGCCUCGCGGGAAGGCAGCAACAGCAGCUACAUAAUCUUCAAGAUGGCCAGUUCUUGGAAUUCCUGUUAAAGGCAUAACAAUCCCGCACUCCAUUUGCUCGUGAACUAGGUUAUCUGUGCUGCAGCUGCAUUCUGGGAAUGUUCCAUGUUCCUGAAGUAUAUUCAGCCUUCCUCAUCAAGAGUUUUUUUGGUUGUUGUCCCUCCCCCAGUCAUUCUGUCUACAUACUUGCAUCUUCUUUCUGCGGAUGUCCCUCCCGAGCCCUACAUGGUCCCAGAGAGAGAAGGCUCCAUGCAUGUCUACUAUAGCUGCCCUUCUGCCUGCUUCUUCUUCCGACAGUGAUUCUGGAUGCGCCCUGGAAGAUUACAUAGGACUUGCUACAGAAAUCCCCCCAGCAGAGGUGGCAAUACACUUUGGUUCUCAAUCAUUCAAUGCAGUUCCUGCUACCACCCUGAAUUGGCUUCACAUCAAAGCUCUCCUUCAGCAACUGCCCCCUCAAGACAGCGAUGAGAAAUAUUGCCCAGCCAUUGGGGAAGAGGAGAGGGAGCAACUGCGAACAUUUGCUGAGCAGCGGCGGCAGGAAUCACUGGGCCAGGGUGUCAGAUGCCUAAUAUCCUCUACAACCCAUGGCUAUUUCUGCAAAAAGUGUGGUAAGAAGAUAAACACAGGUGAACAGGGCGUCUUAGCAUCCAAACUGGGAGAGCACUGCUGCUGGCAUCCAGCCUGCUUUGUCUGUCACACCUGUCUUCAGCCCCUUGUGGAUCUCAUCUACUUCUGCCGGGAUGGGAAGAUCUACUGUGGACGGCAUCAUGCAGAGUUCUUCCGUCCACGCUGUGCUUCAUGUGAUCAGUUGAUCUUCACCUUGGAGUGCAUGGAGGCUGAAGGCCUAUGCUGGCAUGAAGAGCACUUCUGCUGCCUGGAGUGUGACUUGCCCCUGGGGGCACGGCGGUAUGUCAUGAAGGGUGGCCAACCCUACUGCUGUGCCUGUUUUGAGAGUCUUUAUGCAGACGUCUGUCAAACCUGUGGAGAGAUUAUUGGUGUUGACAGUGAACAGGCCACCCUCCAAGGUCAGCACUGGCAUGCCAAAGGCUCCUGUUUCUGCUGCAGCCUUUGCCAGAAGGCUUUAUUGGGCCAACUAAUCACAACUCGCCAUGGCCUCCUGUUUUGUUCUGAGGCCUGCAGCUUGGAGAAGGAGUCAGUGCUCUCAUCCACAGGCUCAGAUUCCUCAGACUCUGCUUUCAUCUCAGCACCUUCCCCGGACUCCACACCCAUAUCUAGAGCCAAGAACAACAGCCUGAGUUGCUCCUUUGCAGCUACAAGAACCAACAGUGAGCCUCGUGCGCAAACAGCAGAAGAAGAGUUCACUAGCCAGGAAGAGGAAGUUGUUUUCAGGGACAGAUCAGCCUCCCCUGAGUUUGAUGAACUUCAACCACCAGCUGAUUCUCCACAUCCCCUGGAAGCAGAACAGAGCUCCAUCCAGGACAACAUUCUCCCAGAAGCAUCCUGGAAACAGAUUGGACACCACCACUCUAGAAGCGGUCCCUCCACAGCUUUGGAUGCAUCAGCAUUGAUCACGGACUUUCCAGAAAGACUGCAUGAAGCUAGCACUGUUGAAAUAGAACCUGUGCUGGAACAAGAAGACACUCUGUGCCCUACUUGUUCAUCCUCUUCAGAUUCUGACUCUGAGCCAGAAGGCUUCUUCUUUGGGACACCGAUCCCAAAGCCCAGGGCCAGGCAACUUUCUCCCCACACCGUGGAGCAGCAGACACUUGGUAAAGGAGGAGGACAGGCAGCCAGAGCACAAGCAAGCAGCAAGCAUUGCAGUAUCUCCUAGCUCCUGAAGGAAAUUACCAGAGACUUGGAAAGAGUCAGGCAAAAGAAGAAAAGUGGGUAGCAUCAAAAGCAGACAAUUAUGUAGCAAGGUGUGAAUAAAGGACAAGAAAAGUCCUCUUCCUACAAGUACAAAGAGAGAGAUUUAACAAGUCCAGGCUAGUUAACUCAGGAAGGAAAGGUAGUGUGUGUGUUUUAACAACAGACAAGGAAAAUGGGACAUUCAGGGGUGCAGAGUUUGCAUUUCCAUAGUUCAUUCAGGCUGUCCAGUUCAGAGUUUUCCAAAAACUUCACCCAUUAAUUUUUUUUUUAAAUGCACACAAAGUCUGCUACUGUUUCUGCCACAAUGCUUACUUUCUUUGGACAUAAUUUAACAAUAGUCAGGACAAACUAACUGAGGAGGGAAAAACUGAUAGAAAUGAACACAUACCCCUCACAUUAUUGAGGUUGUGGUGGUGGAACAGAAUGAACAUUUAUUUGAAAUGUUUUAUCCACUUGCCCAAUAUUUUGUUAGAGUGAAUGCCUGCAGAAACUGGGGAACACAAUUUGGGAGGCUUUGGGCCCAGCUUUUUUUUUUAGUUUUGAACUAUGACAGUUUGCCUCUGUGACUGGAAAUUCUCUGCUGCUCCCUGCUGGCAGCUGCAAGUGUAUUUUGAAGCAGCCUCAUUCUAUAUUGCAUUCCACCAAGAGACAGUGGAGACAAGAAUAAUUCCAGUACUUCUAGAGUCUUGCACCUUAUAUUCUGGUUUCUUGGUUUAUUCUUACUUUGCAAAUAUCUACUUGUCACAUAUAAAUAUGGCUUAAAAUCUAGUCCUUAAGAUUUGUCAGAUUCCAUACAGCAGUCAGUUUUUCUUUUUCCAUUUCUGACACAAACUUGAGAAACCAGAAGCAGACUCUAUCCUGUUGUGUGGUCUCCAGUCAACCAUUUAAAUUUCCCUAGUAGGAUCACUGAUUUCACCUCCUGUCCACCUUAUGUGUGUAAAGUGCUGUCAAAUUGCAGCUGACUUAUGGCAAAUUAGUAGGGUUUUCAAGGGAAGGUGGUUUGCCAUUACUUUCUUCUGCAUAGUGACUCUGAUAUUUCUUGGUAGUCUCCCAUCCAAGUACGGGCAAGGAUGGACCUUGCUUAGCUUCUGAGAUCUGAUCAGAUAAGGCUAGCCUGGGACAUUCAUGUCAAAGCACUGUCCAUCUUAGACAAUACUAAAGUUAACUACCAACGGUCAAUAUAGCACCAGACAGUAGUUUGUUGUUGCUCAAAUAGCUCUCUCCAGUUCUAGUUAAUCCAUACUUAAAAAUUGUAGUAACUCAUUGAGAACACGUAAAAUGACAGAUUCAUAUAGACAGGUCAUUUAUGUAUGAUCUCCAAGCACAACACAGCCAGAGUGAAACAGAUCCUCCUGGAAUAUAAAUGCACAGGAUAUGUUUCAGUGCAGAUUGAUCCUUGUACCCCUUUCCUCAACAUUCUGAAUAAGCCCCUAGGCCUCUGAAUGUUUCCUUGCUUACUACCAACUCAGCUUCCCAACUUACAUGUAUUCAACACGGACAGAGAGAAUAAAUAGAUUAAUGAUGCCCCAAUUUCCUUAUUUGAGUGUAUGACUUGGCAGCUGUAAUAGGAUGCUACAAUAUUACAAUUUUAUCUAUAAUUGUCGGAUCACUUAAUAAAGGGGAGGCACAAUCACAAAUAAAAGCCACUUCAAAAAAUGCAUUGUUUUCCAAAUUUUAUUAUUUGUUUAAAAAUCUAGAUUUACCUUCAAGAAAUGGGUUAAGAACUUCCUGAAGGGACUUCUUCACUGGACUGAAAUUUUCCCUCUACAUGAGGGAGUAAAAAUUAUCAGACUUAGUUAUUGGGAGUCUUGAUUCCAGAUCAUGGGGCAAACCUUUCUAACAGGUAGCCCGACCAGGGCAGCAUGCCAGAAGCCGUUUACUACCCUAAUCUCAAUUAUUCCUUCCCAGGCAUUACUAACCUCUUCAGAAGUCUCUAGGUCAACCCUUUACAAGGACCCACCAUAGCACUUCUGUACCAAAGAGGGAUCUUCUGCCCCCACCCCUCAUCUUUUUGUUCAGCUGUACAGCAACAAGGGUCCCAAAACUUUCAGCUGCUGCUUCCACCACCUGUAGCCACUGCAGUCCAAACUCCAGGGCUUCUCAUCUCCAUUCGAUAGUGUGUUUCACAGAGGAGCCUUCUUCAGUGUUUUACCCCUUGUUAAAAUACAAAUCUCUGGCAACUUCCCAGCCCUUUGAUUCUGAUCUCCAAAACGCCUUGGCCACACUGACCACCAGAUCUUCUCAUUAUGCCUUUUCAGUGGGUCUCAGAUAAGUCAUAGUCAUCAAUGAAGUUCUUCAGCAUGCUUUCAUAGUAAUCCCCAACAUUUCUUCCAGUGCUUGCUCCAUGCAGGGCUCCUUCUGCAAUAGCAUGGUGGCCUCCACAGCAAAAUAUAGUACAAAGUGCAGAUAGUCCUAAAGGAAAGAGGCUGGUGUCAAGAAAUAGAGUCUGUGUAAACCUGACGUUUGAGGACCUGCCUCUGAAGAUCACAGCUCUUUCGAUAUAGUAGCUGAGAAUAAAAAUAGUCUUGAUGGUGCUAAACACUGGUCAUGGCAAUACUAAAGAGUACGCAGAAAGCACAAAACAUAUCACACUAGAAACAGGUAAGCAAUAUAGUUAUGAAGAUUAAUGCCAUUUGAGUAGUAGCUUUUAUGAAGUGUUGGAUUUUCCAUUAAAAAUCCACUAUAUUUUAUGUUUCUGUAACUGCAGGGCAUAAGUAAAAUAUCUCCAAUCAUCUUGUCAGUCACUAUCCAGUUUUCUAAAAAGAUCAUUUCAGUACCUGGUUGUAGGUGAACUGAAGACUCGUUCUGUGGUAUACAUUGUGGACAGGAAACCAGAAGAAGAUAGUUAUUUCAGAUUAAUGGUACAGCAGAAAUUACUUAUCUUUGAAAAACCACAACCCUAGACUAGUGAUAGACUUAUUUCCAAAUCUUCAUUCAGGUUUGCCCCUACCUCCAACAUCUUUACUAAGGCUCAUUUUGCACAUGCAGAAUAAUGCACUUUCAAACUGCUUUCAGUGCUCUUUGAAGCUGUGCGGAAUAGCAAAAUCCACUUGCAAACAGUUGAUAGUGGUUUGAAAGCGCAUUAUUUUGCGUGUGCGGAAGGGGCCUAAGCCUCACACACACUCCCGAAAAGAGAUCAUUUCCAGCUUCUCAUGGAGCCUGAAGAGGAAUAUUCUAACAAAUCCCACACUGGAUUGAAAGCUCUGGUUUUACCAAUUGCUCCUUAUUCUUUUGUUUUUCAAAACAUGCAUCAAGGCACGAAAUAUCGGGGAAUUACUCCCAACUGUCUUUCCCCAGAUUUGUUUUUAAUCUUUAAUCAUACUAAUACACUAUAACACUCAUUUCCCCAGUGAAUGGCCCACUUUUAUUUUCAUAUAUGCUCCCUCCAGAUUGUGACCAAAUAUAUACUACAAACAUAAUAAAGGAUUGCAAAGAUCUUUCUGAUAUUUAUAGUUGUAUCUUGACCCAAUACUUUGCAUACCUCAUGUCUAAGCCUGUUUUUAGCAGACAGGCUCAAGCCUGGAGCUCUGGCCCGAAUUAAGACCACUGCAUUGACACAGCCUAGUGGUCAGAGUCAAAAGUAUGCUCUUCUGAAAGUAUUAUAAGACCUGUUGUAUAGGUAGGAUUUCUAAAUCAAAGCUGGAAGUGAUGUCAUUGCACAAGGGCCACAGAUUGCCACCUCUGAACCUGCCUCCCUAAAGCUCUUGCCUGUUGACAGGAGGUACCUGGCAACCCUAACCCUAAUAUGGCUAUUUCCAUAUGGGUCACAUGACAAAAACAAAUCUGCAUUCCAAGGG